AUGCGUUUGCGUUGCCAGUCGAGAGCAUGGUCACAUAGUUAAAUGUAACAACAAUGCCAAUGUCAGUUCUCUCGUUCAAAUUGCCAUUACAACAUGACAGAAAACAACAGCAGCAGCCUGGCUGAGGUUUUGACGUAGUGUUGAUCUUUUCUCCCCACAGAAUGCAGGGGACAUCGAGAGCACCCUCAAUAUCCUCAACGUGCUGGAUGAGCUGCUUUCAGCUGGUAAGUCUCUGUUGCUGAUUCAGAUUCAUAGUAAUUCCAUGCAGAUACAACGCUACAGUACCUCUACUCCCCCUAGAUGGCUACAGUCUAUUACCCUUCUUUGGUUUAGGUGCCUUUGGUCACUGUGUUGUGUUGUGUGUCCCAGGCACAGACAGACGGAUCACCUACAUGAUCUCGAAGGGGGGCAGCGAGGCCCUCCUAAGCGCCCUGGUGACCACAGCCAGGACCUUCUCCCCCAACUUCACCAUCCUCCUCCCCCUGCUGCACCUCCUGGCCAAGGUCGGACACAGAGGUGAGGCUCCGACUGACAGAUCAGAGUGGAAAUAUAGUUUACAAGAACGUGAAGUGAUAAAAUAUUUGGAGAUAUUAUAAAGUGUGUAAUUAUUUAGCUGUUGUCAUGACAGUACAGUCUCAGUUCUACUGCACGUUGUAGUGAGAGGUUGUCAAAUGGUCUGUAGAUCCCAACCUUUCAACGCAGUGGGUAGCUUGAUGAUUUUCUUAGUUACCAUCUUAGAAUGUCAUCAGGAAGUGAGUCCGCAUCAAAUAAUGGAGACAUCGUGGCUUUCUCCUCCUUGGCUGAGGUGUCCGUCAGCAGUGGUGGAAAAAGUACCCAAUUGUCAUGACUCAAGUAAAAGUGAAAGUCACCCAGUAAAAUACUACUUGAGUAAAAGUCUAAAAGUAUUUGGUUUGAAAUAUACUUAACUAUCAAAAGUAAAUGUAAUUGCUAAAAUAUUUUAUUUUAACUAGGCAAGUCAGUUAAGAACAAAUUCUUAUUUACAAUGAUGGCCUACACAGGCCAAACCCGGACGACGCUAGGCCAAUUGUGCACCGCUCUAUGGGACUCCCAAUCACAGCUGGUUGUGAUACAGCCUGGAAUCGAACCAGGGGGUCUGUAGUGACGCCUCAAUCACUGAGAUGCAGUGCCUUACACCGCUGCGCCACUCGGGAGCCCAAAUAUACUUAAGUAUCAAAAGUAAAAGUAAAAUUAUAAAUCAUUUCAAAUUCCAUAUAUUAAGCAAACCAGAUGGCCUCAUUUUCUUGUUUAUUUUAAUUUACGGAUAGCCAGAGGCACGCUCCAACACUCAGACAUAAUUUACCAACGAAGCAUGUGUUUAGUGAGUCCGUCAGAUCAGAGGCAGUAGGGAUGACCAGGGAUGUUCUCUUGAUAAGUGUGUGAAUUUGAUAAUUUUCCUGUCUUGCUAAGCAUUCAAAAUGUAACAAGUACUUUUGGGUGUCAGGGAAAAUGUAUGGAGUAAAAAGUACAUAAUUUUAUUUAGGAAUGUAGUGAAGUAAAGUUUUUUUACUUAAGUACUUUACACCACUGUCCGUCAGCUUUUAAUAGAAAGGCCAGCCCAACAGGUCCAUCUGACUGAUGUUAUCCAUUAUGUGACAAAGCUUCACUGACAUGGAUGCAUACCCUCAUAUCUCCACUAGUGACAUGUGGCCACUUGUAGGAAUAGGAUAAGCUUUCUCCAUUCGUAUUCAUUGACCUGUUUAUUGUAACCCACACUAAUGAAGGGUUUAUGGUAACUGGUAUCAGCAGCAUCAGCUGGUUUCUAAAAACCCAUUUUGAUCUCAAGCUAUUUUGACAAGAAUGAGAAGCAAUGGUCAAUUUAUAUGGUGCUAUGCAAUAUAAUAGAUCAAUGUGCUUGUGUUACUACUUGAAUUAGAUCCCACAACUCUUUACUUUCACAUCUGUUAGUGCUUUCAUUAUGUUAUUGCUAAACAGCACAAAUCGUUUUAUUGGUCUCAUCUGCAUUCCAAUAAAAGCAAAGCUUCGCCCUAUACUUCAGGGCCUGAUGAGCCUUUUCUCUCUGGUCUACAAAACAUAGUACAGUCAGUCAUCUAAUGGGUGCCUUUGACUGGAUUCUUCACAUUUAAUGGGUGUCCUCCGAUCACUAAAAUGCCAGCUUUGAAUAUUGAUGCAAUAUCCAAUAAAGCCAGUUACGCUUUUGAAUGUUGGUUUAAGUGGUUUUUCCACUAUAAUUGCUGUAAUAUUGUAUCAUAAACUAGGAUUUGUAUGCCUGGUUAAGCAUUGUUGUGUGUCAGUGAUUAGUAGAAAAUCAUACCCGAUCUAUUCCACUCCACGGACCGUCGGGCAAUUCACAUGUGUAAAAGCAGUGAGAGAUCAUUCAAGCGGAUAGACAAUCUAAUAGCAGAUUUGGAUUGCGUAUCAUUCAGUGAAAAUAUUGUCCUCAUGCGCCCAAGCAGCUUUUAUUCAUGCGUUAAUUUCAUUAUGGUGAUUCUCACUGAGAAGUGUUUUCUUGUUUUUUAAGUGGUGGAUAAAAUAAGCAAACCACAUUGGCCUACAACUGUUUCAAUUACUCGAAUCAAAUCUUUAUCUUCAUUUUAGCUUGAUCCCUUUUUCUACCUCAUAGAACGUUUAAGUUUCUCUGAAAAAUAACCGUGUGAACAUUUGCACUGGUGUAAACCGUGUCAGUGGGUGGUCAGACUCAUUAGAUCUGGGGGUUACUGACUGCUGUCUGUGGUGUUGUGUCUCGAUCAGACCGUCGUAUUGGGAUGAAGGCAGAGAAGGCGGAGGCUGUGCUGCCAACUCUGACUCUGCUGAAACAGAAUGUAAAACACGCCAGGAGGACGGCAGCCUGCCUUUGGGUCCUCCAGGUCUUCUGCUCCUCUGGUAGGUCAAUGACCCCUUAAAGCUUCAAUCACACUUCACUGCUUUGUCUGUUUUGUGAUUUACUCUCAAUGUCAACAGUAUCCAGAAUUAAUACAAAGAUGUCUAUGGGACUCUGUGAGUUCAGGGAGUAUGGAGGAGGUCUGCAUUCUGAAGAGGCACCACACAUUUGACUUGAGUGCAGACGUGCUGGUGCCCUUCAUUUAGGAUAGUAAUUACAAUUGAAUGAAAACAUACUGUAUCUAAAUAUUGACCAGUGAAAUGAUAAAACAUGGUCACAAGGUCAGAGCUGCAGCAGGUUUACGUCUGAUAAUUUUAACGAUGACUGUAAACUGUCAAUGAGUCGUUUAUACAGUCGCAAGUGAAAGGUCCUCUGUAGCUCAGCUGGUAGAGCACGGCGCUUGUAACGCCAAGGUAGUGGGUUCGGUCCCCGGGACCACCCAUACACAACAAUGUCUGUAAAUCGCUUUGGAUGAAAACGUCUGCUGAAAUGGCAUAUUUAUUUUAAGUCUACACACCCUUUGCAGUCUUCAAAUUUUGCUGCCUUAAAAUUAAAUCAUAAAAGGGAUCCAAUUUGAUUUUUUCCCCUAUCGAUCUACCAACCUACUCCAAAUUUUCAAAGUGAAUGAAAAUGUAUAGAACAUUUUCCAAAUUACAACAAUAUACAAAAGGAGGAUGUAUUGAUUGCGUAUGUCUUCACACCCCAGAAUUAAUACUUGGUGGGAGCACCUUUGGCAGCCAUUACAGCUGUGAUUAAUUUUGAAUAGAUUCUACCAACCUUGCACAACUCUUAAGGCAACAUAUAUCCUUUGUUUUUGUCAAAAUUGCUCAAGCUCAGUACAUUUGGUUGGGAAUUAUUGAUGGAUAUAUUGUAUUUUUUAAGUAUUAUGGUGGUAGCAUCAUGUUAUGGGUAUGCUUGUCAUCGGCAGGGACUGGGGAGUUUGUCACGAUCAAAAUAAAUAUGAAAGGAGCAAAGACUAGUAAAAAGAUAAAGGAAAACCAGCCUGUCUUCUGAAAACCUAAACCUGGGAUAGAGUUAUAUUUUUCAGCAAGACAAUUACACAAAUGUUUAUGCCAAAGACACACCAGAAUGGCUUUCCAAGAGGUGUUGUGUGUUCCUGAGUGGUCUAGUCUCAGUCCUGACUUAAAUUUGUUUGAAAAUCUUAGACAAGGUUUGCUGCCCAUCACUGAUUCCCAACCAAAUGUACUGAGCUUGAGCAAUCUUGACAAUAACAAUGGACAUAUGUUUCCCUAAGAGUUGUGCAAAGUUGGAAGAAUAUACAUAUACAAAAAGCUGGUUGAAUCAACGUUGUUUCCGAGUUAUUUCAACCCAAAAAUGCAAUGUGAUUAUGUUGAAUCAACGUGGAAAACUGAUUAGAUUUGAAAAAAGUAAGAUAAUUUCCUAUUUUUUUACACAACCUUUAACCUAAAAUCAAUGGCAAGGUGACAUUUUUGGUUGAUUUCACUUUGAAUUCACGUUAGUUGACAACCAACUUUAAAUCAAAACUAGACGUUGAACUGACAUCUGUGCCCAGUGGGAAGACUGUGCAUGGGGUGUGUAGACUUUCACUAGGCACUGUAAAUUGAAAUGUUUUGUCUGUAAGCAUACCUAAAUUAUGUGGUUGAAGUUAGAAUUUUGGUUGAAGUUGAGGUCUCUUGAAAUUCCCAUGAAGCCAGUAGAUUUCCACUAUGGACUCGUAAGGAAUUGGACAGGGAGAAACAUCAUCAAUCAGCACCAACCAUUGAAUGCAAUUAUCAAUAGCAUUUCUAUCAAUGUGUGCCUUUGUUUACUUCUUAAUCUUUCAGUCACCACGGCUACGCUGCUGGGACAAAACCGAGGCCUGGACGUUAUAUUCAGACUGAUACCCCCUCACACUACGAGGAACAUACGCACCAUCAAGUGA